AAAGUUAAACAGCACAUAUCCUCGGCUCUUCCCCUAUGUUCAAAUUCAAAAUUUUCGCAAAUAAGCCCGCCAAAUAUCAAAAUUUGGCAGUAAAACAAGUGGGCGAGUGAAAGGAGAAAGGAAAGGGAAGCGAGUGAGGGUUGAGCGUCCGAAUGAUUUGAUUAGGGUAUCUUGUGUUGGUACAAUGGAAUCGAACAAGGAUGAUGCGCGCAGAGCCAAAGAAGUUGCAGAGAAGAAGUUUGAGGACAGUGAUCUGGCCGGGGCCAAGAAAUUCGCCCUGAAAGCGCAGCAAAUGUACCCGUCUCUCGAAGGUCUUACCCACCUCAUUGCAGUCAUUGAUGUCCACAUUGCUGCUGCCGAUGUGAAUCUCUCCAGUAUUCCGAACUGGUAUGCCAUCUUACAGGUGUCUUCUGCUGCAGAUGAGACCGCUAUUAAGAAGCAGUACCGAAGGUUAGCUCUACUCCUCCAUCCUGACAAAAACAAGAGUGUGGGAGCUGAAGCAGCCUUUAAGCUCAUUGGAGAGGCCUCCCGGCUCCUCUCGAACCCUACUAACAGGGCUGCUUAUGAUCGCAAUCAGAACAGAGAUCCCCCUUCUGCCUUCUGGACCCUCUGUCCUUCCUGUAAUAUCCGCCUCCAGUUCCAUACAGCCUACAUUAAUUGCUAUCUUAUUUGCCCCCAGUGCGCCAUACCCUUCGUGGCUGUUCCUACUGCUGCUCCAGCACCCCAUCCUGCACGCCACAAGGGUAAGAGAAACAAGAAGGAGAAUCAAAUGCCCGCUGGAAACAAAGAUCAAGCACCUUCAAAACCUCGGCCUUUCAAGGACAAGGGCACGGAGGAUGACAUGCCCACUUACAGCAAUGGUCAAGAGGCUACAAAACGCCAGCCUUUCCAGGAGAAGGAGAAGGAGAGUAAUAUCCCUGCUCAGAAGAAAGAUCGGGCAGCUACAAAACCCCAGCCUUCCCAGGACAAGAAGGGCAAGACCCCUGCUCACAAGAAAGAUCGAGCAGCUACAAAAUCCCAGUCUCCCAAGGACAAGGAUAAGGAGACUCAGAUGCCUGCUUGCAACACAGAUCAAGCGGCUACAAACCCCCAGCCUCCCAAGGCCAUGGAGAGUCAGAUGCCUGCUUGCAACAAAGAUCAAGCAGCUACAAAGCCCCAGCCUCCCAAGGCCAAGGAGAAUCAGAUGCCUGCUUGCAACAAAGAUCAAGCUGCUACAGAAUUUCAGCCAGCCAGGGACAAUUGCAGGCCAACUCAGAAGAAUGAUCAAGCAGCUGAAAAACCCCAGCCAACCAAGGAGAAGGAGAGUAACAGGCCUGCUCACAACAAAGAUCGAGCAUCUAGAAGGUCCCAGCCUUCUAAGGACAAUCACAUGCCAACUCACAACAAAGAUCAAGCUGCUACAAAACCCCAGCCUCCCAAGGAGAAGGGGAAUGCCAAGAAGAGGGAGGGGAAGAAGGAUGUCAAGUUUGACAAAACUGCAUUUGAUAGGCUAUUUGCAGGAGUAGGGAGAAGGACUCCAUUGGACGAGCAGAGCAAUAAGAGGGCAAAGAUACAGGUUAAUUGAAAAAACCAUUUGCUUUUCUUUAUAACUGGAAAUUUUGUAACAUUGUAUGUUUCUUAGAAGCAACAAGUAUUUGAAGUCUGUAUUAAUGAAUUUAAAAAGCUUUUGGUCUAAGCUGUUUUAGCAGAUUUUUACAUCAAGCUUGUGGGUCAUAUUAGUAUAUAUUUUAUUAUCUCCAAAACAAAAUUGCCAUUCAGUGAUUCUGUGAAACAAUGGAGGGCAAGAACACAAUGCAAUUGAAAACUCAUUUUGCUUCUCUUUACAAGCCGAAACCCCAAUUUUUCUUAGAACCAAUGGCCUUUCACAGUUCAUUUUUAUGAAUCAUAUCAAAAAUUGAUGUAAGCUGGAGCAUUUUUUCA